GUAAUUCUUUAUUCUUUCUUGUCUGCGCAUCGAACUUUGGUCGUCGUGAUCAGCGUCCUUCAGUGAAUACUGUGUUGUGUCUGAGAAGUACUAGCAGAAUUAUUGACACGGAUUGAAAACUGCAUCUUCACUGAGGAAGGGGCUCCCCUUGAUCACAUAACAUCUCUCUCCAACAACAACAUGGCCGUCGCCAGCAAUCCUCUCUCCCCCAAAUCACAACAAAGCCUCAACAUGGUCAUGCCAAUGCCUCCUCCACUCCUGCACACUCGCUCGGGUAAUGAGCUGUACGAUCGUCCUCAAACUCCUACCACUCCUGGUGGAAAUCAUGGCUUUACCAGUCCUGUUCAGACACCUUCGGGCAGUCCCAGCAAGAAGCAAUUGCCUCCAGGGGCCAAUGAUCUUCCAAACGUCUUUGACAAUGCCAUGAAGUUGGCCCCGAUGUCCCCUACCAAAAGCCAGCCCACGUCGCCCACCAAACAAGGUCUUUCGGUUGGGAGCGACAAUGUCAGCAAGGAUCCCUUCUCCGACGGGAACAACCAUCACUACAACCGAUCGGAGAGCCCAACCCGCCAGUCAAACAAAGAAAAUGCUCCUGGAAGUCCGCUAAAAAAUGGGAAAGAGCAGAAUCAUGCGGCCUUGUCAAGACAGGUACAAUACCAGCCUACAGAGUCCAGGAAAACCAUCACCAAGGGCUUGACCACGGAGGAAAUGCAAAAGUUGCAGCUUCCGAAAUACAAGCGACUUGCGAACGUCACUCAAUUGUACUUUCUCGACUACUACUUCGACCUCCUCUCUUACGUACACAACCGACAAGCAAGAGAGGCUGCCUUCAAAGCUUCGUAUCCAGAACCCCCUGAGACACCAAAGGAAGAAUACCACUCGGCUCAACACAAAUACCUUGGUCGCGAGCGUGCCAACCUGCGCAAACGUCGAACUCGGCUUCGACAUGGUGACUUCCAAAUCCUCACACAGGUUGGUCAGGGUGGCUACGGUCAAGUCUACCUCGCUCAGAAGAAAGAUACACGAGAAGUCUGUGCGCUCAAGGUUAUGAGAAAGAAGUUAUUGUUCAAGUUGGAUGAGGUACGGCACAUCUUGACCGAGCGAGAUAUCCUGACUGCCGCCAAAUCGGAAUGGCUUGUCAAAUUGCUCUAUUCCUUCCAAGACGAUGAGCAGAUUUACCUCGCCAUGGAGUACGUUCCCGGUGGUGAUUUCAGAACCUUGCUGAACAAUACCGGUGUUCUUCACAACCGACAUGCCCGGUUCUACAUUGCCGAAAUGUUCUCUUGCGUCGAUGCCUUGCACACACUGGGUUACAUCCACCGAGAUUUGAAGCCGGAGAAUUUCUUGAUCGAUGCUACUGGCCACGUCAAGCUCACUGACUUCGGUCUCGCUGCUGGUAUGCUCAGCCCGAUCAAGAUUGAAAGCAUGAGAAUCAAGCUGGGAGAAGUCGAAAAUACCUCAGUGCCAUUCGGAAUGACACCUGUCGAAGAUCGAUCGGCCGACCAACGUCGUGAGGGCUACCGGUCUCUACGCAAGAAGGAUAUCAACUACGCCAAGUCGAUUGUUGGCUCUCCGGACUAUAUGGCCCCUGAGGUGCUGAAAGGCGAGCAGUACGACUUCACGGUCGAUUACUGGUCUUUAGGAUGCAUGUUGUUUGAGGCGCUUGCCGGAUACCCUCCAUUCGCUGGUGCAACAGUGGAUGAGACCUGGCAGAACCUGAAGAGAUGGCAGCGCGUUCUGCGAAAGCCCAUCUACGACGAUCCAAACUAUUUCCUUAGCAAACGUACUUGGGACUUGAUCACACGUCUAGUUGCGGGUAAGGAGAAUCGGUUCAAGAAUAUCACAGAGAUUCACAAGCACGAGUACUUUGCCGAGGUCGACUUCGAAGGACUGAGAGAGCAGAAGGCGCCGUUCGUUCCAGAGCUUGACUCUGAGACUGACGCCGGGUACUUUGACGAUUUCAGCAACGAGGCUGACAUGGCCAAAUACAAGGAGGUCCAUGACAAGCAGAAAGCACUGGAGGAAAUGGCCGAACGUGAUGAGAGGAUGGGCAAGAGUUUGUUCGUGGGCUUUACGUUCAGACACCGAAAGCCAGAUUCAGAAUCUCCCCGCAAGAAGAUCGAAACCGAUGGCACAUUCGGAACCAUCUUUUAGUGAUCUGUGGGAAGUGCUGACAUGGGAUGGCACAAAGUUCGGAGACUCUUUUUCGUUUCUUAGUAUGACUUUUCAGGAACUGUAUGAAUGAACAACCACAACAACACGGUUUGGGGUAUGGAGGCAGGAAGACUGGGGCUGGAAAUGAUUGGCGUUGGUUUGUCGCGGCGGCAUGUAAUACCGGGGAGUGAGUGUACCCAUGAUGAGGGUGUGCUGGGAGUCUGUGUCUAUGAGUAACGUAACGUGCGUAAGAAGCACACAUGGGUAUUCAAUGCUUGAAUGAAAUCGUCAUUUUCAUGAGAUAUAUGAUCGUACAAUU